AUGAAUAAAGCGCACCAAAAAAGCGUAUAUGACGAACAAUUGAUCCAGACACUGGAGGGUAAUCACACCGAAAUACAAUUUCUUCAAAAGACGUUAUGCACAACAAAGUCCUGUAAAACUCGACAAAUCAACUCGCCAUUUUGCAGGCCCUUUAUGGGCGAGUCAAAUCCUAAAUAUUGCGACGCUCCUUUAGCAGGCGGG